AUGAUACGCAAUCGGGCCGGGCAUCGCCGCCCAUCAAUCUCCCCGGGCAGUCCGAUGAUUGAGAACCUCACUCCAACGACACAACGACGCCCACUAUCAAGGAGAAACCGAUCAAGAUCAAGGAGUAUCCGGCCUUCAACGACUACUACAGUCACUUCAUGGGAAGAGACUAGGCGCAGGCUAUGGUCCUACGCUACGCCUUUCCUUCUGUAUCUUUUCUAUGCGCUUGCUGUGGUUUUUGCUCUCGGUUCUACGGCUGCACUCUCGCUAAAAGGUCCCGAGAAUGUGAACCGCAAGCCUUAUUAUCAACGAGUACCCGACAUCUGUAAUGUCUCGACUCACAACUGCACAUCAUCCAUCUUGUGCGACGAUCCUACUGGUAUUGCUACAGUUGCGAAUUGGACAAAUACCGCCAAAGAACUGAUGGCAGCUCGGAGGAGCUUGAUUGAACUGUCAUACGGAGUUACAUUGCUUGUUGCGGAUACUGRAGUCUGGCAGGAUGUCAUCGCUGAGGGACCGGAGAUCUACCAACUGGCACUCAGUUACUCUGAAGCCCAGGUCGCUGCAGAGGAUCAAAUUGAUGAGAUGAUCUACAGCCACACAUCUUUCAUGGACUCAAUUACGUAUGACGUCAAGGUACUCAGCGACAACGUCAAUCGGAUGCUGCAGAAUUACGGGAGCAUCAGUCACUCGUUCCUAGAACUUUGGUACUCUUCCAUUCAAUGGAUACCGCUGUAUACCCCGACAGGUCGUAUGAAUCACGACUUCCUCCAGUUCGUGAAUCGACAAAGUGCGGAACUCGUGCCCCUCAUCAACAAAACUCAGAGUCUGUUAGACACCUUGAGGAUUACCAAGAACGCUCGCAUAGCCUUAACGACGAAAACGAGGGCGGCUUGGAAGGCUUGGGAACGAGAUUGUCUAGAAGUGACUUAUGGUAUCACAAGACUUCAAGGCGCACGCCAGACCGUCAAGAACAAGCCAAAGUGCCGCCAGUACAACUACAUGGUCAUGGAGCGCAUUAUGAAGCAAGAUCUUGGAGACUUCCUUGACGUUGCCAAUGCACAAGUAAGCACACAUAUGACCUCGUACAAGUAUCUUCACGGGAAGUACAGAACGAUCCAAUCAUAUCUUACGAAGGGUAUUCUGAGACUCGAAACCACGGAAUUGGGAACAUAUCGAGCAGCCUUCGGCCUCGUCAAUGGGUCAGUCAGCAACGCAUUGACCGCAAUUGAAGUCGCCUUACGGGAUGGAAGAUACGAUCCGCGAUUUUCAUGA